AUGUCGCCUGAUGAAUUUAUAGUGUCAGCAAAACAAAAAAUACGAGACUAUAAGCCACCAACGCUAAUAAAAUACACAUCAUAUGUACCCUCGAGAAAGAAGCAAGUGACAACAAUAAAACCUGAUGCACCUCCGCUAAAAAAACUAGGGAAAUUCGAAAACUCGCGGCCAAUGACACGUGCUGAAUUUGUAACGUUAGCAAAACAAAGAAUACGAGACUAUAAGCCACCAACGCUAAUAAAAUACGCACCAUAUGUACCCUCGAGAAUAAAGCAAGUGACAACAAUUAAACCUGUUGCACCAUAUGCAAUUAAAGUAAAUAGCAGCACAAUUGCGAUUGCAGAAACAAAUUCAACAACGCCAUAUCUAGUUACCACCGACCCAGCUUUUAUCAAUUUAACUACAGACGCCAUAAUGGGAAAUCAAUCAACUACCAUAACAACAGAAGCUACUAUGGCUGAAACAAGUACGACAACCCAAAACAAGUCCAAUGUGGAGGACACCACGUACUCAAGUUUAUCAACCAGCCAAAUAGAAUUUAUGACCUCAACCACUGAAGAUUACACUUCAACUCAAACCUUUUCAACCGAUCAAACCCCAACUACAACAACAUUAAUGGACACAAAAAUUGAAAGUGAAUCGACUACCCCCAACGUGGAGACUUCUACAGACAUUAACCAAAGUGAAUUAAUAACAUCAACCACAGAAGAUUACACUUCAACUCAAAGCGCUUCAACUACAACAAUAUUACCGGAAACUAUCACUGAAAGUGAAUCGACUACCUUCAAUUUGGAGGCUUCUACAGACAUUAGCCAAAGUAAUUUAAUUACAUCAACUACAGAAGAUUACAUUCCAACUCAAAGCGUUUCAACCGAUCAAACCCUAACUACAACAACAUUAAUGGACACAACAAUUGAAAGUGAAUCGACUACCCCCAACGUGGAGACUUCUACAGACAUUAACCAAAGUGAAUUAAUUACAUCAAUCACAGAAGAUUACACUUCAACCCAAAGCUUUUCAACUGCUCAAACCCCAAUUACAACAACAUUAAUGGACACAACAAUUGAAAGUGAAUCGACUACCCCCAACGAGGAGACCUCUACAGACAUUAACCAAAGUAAUUUAAUUACAUCAACUACAGAAGAUUACACUUCAACUCAAAGCGUUUCAACCGAUCAAACCCCAAUUACAAUAACAUCAAUGGACACAACAAUUGAAAGUGAAUCGACUACCCCCAACGUGGAGACUUCUACAGACAUUAACCAAAGUGAAUUAAUUACAUCAAUCACAGAAGAUUACACUUCAACCCAAAGCUUUUCAACCGCUCAAACCCCAAUUACAACAACAUUAAUGGACACAACAAUUGAAAGUGAAUCGACUACCCCCAACGAGGAGACCUCUACAGACAUUAACCAAAGUAAUUUAAUUAAAUCAACUACAGAAGAUUACACUUCAACUCAAAGCGUUUCAACCGAUCAAACCCCAAUUACAAUAACAUCAAUGGACACAACAAUUGAAAGUGAAUCGACUACCCCCAACGUGGAGACUUCUACAGAAAUUAACCAAAGCGAAUUAAUUACAUCAACCACAGAAGAUUACACUUCAAAUCAAAACGUUUCAACCGCUCACACGCCAACAACAACAAUAUCAGUGAACGCCAAUACUGAUAGUGAGUCUACCACCUUCAACUACGAGUCUCGCACAGAUACUAGCCAAAACGGAUUAACUUUUUCAACCAUAGAUGAUUUUGAUUCAGUAUCUACACCAACAGGACAUAAUAUCCUUAUAUUAGAAAAUAAUUUUACUACGGAUGUGCUAACCGAUAAUACCCAGAUUAUACCCUUUGCCUCAGAGACUACAGAAAUUUCAAUAGUUCAACCUAAACGUUUUACAAUAAGUCCAAAGAAAGAUGAUACCGUCACAGCAGAUAAAAUUACAGCUAAUGAUAUACUUAUGAAACCAAUCCGAUUUACCUACGAUACUGACGUUAUGCCAACUUUGGACGAAUUUUAA